GGAUCUGGCCGCUUCGCAGAGACCACGUGUCUCAUUAUCCCCCAAGAAUCUCAGCUUGCUCACGAACAAAUGACAGCCGAUAAUACUUGCAGAUGGAGUCUGCAGUCCACAGGACCCCAACCCCGGGCGCCUCAAUAUGCGGCCACCAGCGCCGCAGGGCCCCACGCCGUGCUCCUUGCUGCUCAGCCUUCAGACAGGGCUAGGGGAGACGCAUGCGCAUUCCUUUCUCCUCAGCUCCUCCCGGCCUCCCUUCGCUAGUGCUUCGCAUUUCGAGUGCUGGAUCUUUUUGUCCCCUACUGCGUGCCGUGUCAGUUUCCGAGCGGAAGUGGUGACUGUGAGAGAAGAAGAUGGCGGCCACUGUGGUGGCGCCGCCUGGUGUGGUGGCCGGUCGGCCCAACAAGCGCAGCGGCAGCGGGCCGGCAGGCGGUGGCAGCGGCGGCGGCGGCGGCGGUGGAGCAGCCAGAGGGGCGGAGGAGGAACCGCCGCCGCCCCUACAAGCAGUUCUGGUGGCCGACAGCUUCAACCGCCGCUUCUUCCCCAUCUCCAAGGACCAGCCUCGGGUCCUCUUGCCCCUGGCCAAUGUGGCACUAAUUGACUACACUCUGGAAUUUCUGACUGCCACAGGUGUACAGGAAACCUUUGUCUUUUGUUGCUGGAAGGCUGCCCAAAUCAAGGAACAUUUAUUGAAAUCCAAGUGGUGCCGCCCUACAUCCCUCAACGUGGUUCGAAUAAUUACAUCAGAGCUAUAUAGAUCACUGGGGGAUAUUCUCCGUGAUGUUGAUGCUAAGGCCUUGGUGCGCUCUGACUUCCUUCUGGUGUAUGGGGAUGUCAUCUCAAACAUCAAUAUUACCAGAGCCCUGGAAGAACACAGGUUAAGGCGGAAGCUGGAAAAAAAUGUAUCUGUGAUGACGAUGAUCUUCAAGGAGUCAUCCCCCAGCCACCCAACUCGUUGCCAUGAGGACAAUGUGGUAGUGGCUGUGGAUAGUGCCACAAACCGGGUGCUCCAUUUUCAGAAGACCCAAGGCCUCCGACGUUUUUCUUUUCCACUGAGCUUGUUCCAGGGCAGUGGAGAUGGAGUGGAGAUUCGCUAUGAUUUACUUGACUGUCAUAUCAGCAUCUGCUCUCCUCAGGUGGCUCAACUCUUUACAGACAACUUCGACUACCAAACUCGAGAUGACUUUGUGCGAGGCUUGUUAGUAAAUGAAGAGAUCUUAGGAAACCAGAUCCACAUGCAUGUGACAACUAAGGAAUAUGGUGCCCGGGUCUCCAACCUACACAUGUAUGCUGCUAUCUGUGCUGACGUCAUCCGCCGAUGGGUCUACCCUCUCACCCCAGAGGCGAACUUCACUGACAGCACAACCCAAAGCUGCACUCACUCCCGACACAACAUCUACCGAGGGCCUGAGGUCAGCCUGGGUCAUGGCAGCAUACUGGAGGAAAAUGUGCUCCUGGGCUCUGGCACUGUCAUUGGCAGCAAUUGCUCCAUCACCAACAGUGUCAUUGGCCCCGGCUGUCACAUUGGUGAUAAUGUGGUGCUGGAUGAGGCCUUCCUAUGGCAGGGCGUCCGAGUGGCUGCUGGAGCACAGAUCCGUCAGUCUGUGCUCUGUGACAAUGCUGAGGUCAAGGAAAAAGUUAUCCUGAAGCCACACUGUGUCCUCACUUCCCAGGUGGUGGUAGGCCCAGAUAUCACGCUGCCUGAGGGCUCGGUGAUCUCUUUGCACCCUCCCGAUGCAGAAGAUGAUGAGGAUGAUAGUCAGUUCAGUGAUGAUUCUGGGGCUGACCAAGAAAAGGAGAAAGUGAAGCUGAAAGGUUACAAUCCAGCAGAAGUCGGAGUUGCAGGCCAGGGCUACCUCUGGAAAACAGCAGACAUGAACAUGGAGGAAGAGGAGGAACUACGGCAGAACCUGUGGGGACUCAAAAUCAACAUGGAAGAAGAGAGCGAAACUGAAAGUGAGCGAAGUAUGGAUUCUGAAGAGCUAGAUAGCCGGGCAGGCUCCCCACAGAUGGAUGACAUCAAAGUGUUCCAGAAUGAAGUCCUGGGAACUCUACAGCGGGGCAAGGAGGAGAACAUUUCUUGUGACAAUCUAGUCCUAGAGAUCAACUCUCUCAAGUACGCCUACAACAUAAGCCUGAAGGAGGUGAUGCAGGUGCUGAGCCAUGUGGUCCUGGAGUUCCCCCUGCAACACAUGGAUUCCCCACUCGACCCAAACCGCUACUGUGCCCUGCUGAUUCCCUUGCUCAAGACCUGGAGCCCUGUUUUUAGGAACUACAUAAAGCGUGCAGCUGAUCAUUUGGAAGCAUUGGCAGCCAUUGAGGACUUCUUCCUGGAGCAUGAAGCUCUUAGUACUUCCAUGGCCAAGGUACUGAUGGCUUUGUACCAGCUGGAGAUCCUGGCUGAGGAAACAAUCCUGAGCUGGUUCAGCCAAAGGGAUACAACUGACAAGGGCCGGCAGUUGCGCAAGAACCAGCAGCUGCAGAGGUUCAUCCAGUGGCUAAAAGAGGCAGAAGAGGAGUCAUCUGAAGAUGACUGAAGUCGCACUACCUGCUCCUGUGGGUGUGGUUGAUUGCCCUCCUGGUUUCUGGGCCAGGGCAAGUGAGAGGCUAGUUGCAGAAGGAUGAGUGACCACCAUCUGAGCUGAGACUUAAAGGAGCAGAGGCUGGAACUACAGUAUUCUUCCCACCGCCAGCAGCCAUGUGCCUCCCAUCCUGACUGGGGAGUUGAGAUGAGGGAAGUUGGGCUGGAUAACAACUCUGCCUAAGGAGGAGCUAGGCAGGCCCUGCAGUUAGAGGAAGGCCAGAGGAACAGCUUUGUGCUCUGGUUUCCCCUCAGGGAACAGCAGAGAGCAGUUGGCCCUCUCUGUUGCUUGUAUUUGUUAAUAUUAAAAAACAGAGAGAGGGGUA